UCAGCUAAAAAAGUUGCCAUGCAAAGAUCACCUUUACAAUUGCUUCAACUGCUGCAGCUAUUCCUCAAACAGCCGAAGCAAGUGAAGCAAAUCCACUCGCACCUCACCACCGCCGCCUACCUCCGCUCCACGGCGGAAUGGGCCAACACCCUCCUCUACAACACUCUCAUCCGUGCAUACCUAGGCUUCGCGCAGCCCACCGCCAGCCUUCUCCUCUUCAUUCACAUGGUUGCCGAUGAAGCGCCACCCAACAGCCACACGUUCCCUUCGCUCAUCAAAGCCCUCUCUUCUCUCCCGCUCCACUGGGCUUCCCUUCUCGGCAGACCCCUCCACGCCCAAGCCCUCAAGCGCGGGGCGUCGGCUGACCCUUUUGUGCAAACCUCGUUUCUCGGGCUGUACUCGCAGGUGGGUGAGUUAGGCAGUGCACGCAAGGUGUUUGAUGAAGUGUCUGAACCGUGCGUUGUGGCGUAUAAUGCUAUGCUUGAUGCUUGCGGGAAGAAUGGGAAUAUGGGUAUGGCCUUGUCCAUGUUCUCUAGAAUGCCCCAAAGGGAUAUAUAUUCUUGGACGAGUAUGAUCAAUGGGUAUGCUAGGAAUGAGGUUUUUCAAGAAGCAGUGAAGCUUUUCAAGAAAAUGAUGGCGCAUGAGGAUGUAACUGGCGGCUCAUUGAAGCCCAAUGAAGCCACUUUUGUAAGCAUUCUAUCAUCUUGUGCCAACUUAGAUUCUGCUGCAGCAUUGUAUCAAGGGAAGCAAAUCCAUGGCUAUAUGGUGAAGAGUGUGGAGUUGAGUGAUUUCAUGGCCACAGCAUUGAUAACAUUCUAUGGGAGGAUGGGUUGUUUGGACUAUGCAGCCAAGGUGUUCGACGCAAUACCGGUCAAGAAAGUUUGCACUUGGAAUGCUAUGAUCUCUGCACUGGCUAUGAACAGUAGGGAGAAACAAGCAUUAGCUUUAUUCAAGACGAUGAAAGCAACCGGGCUGAAACUGAACGAGGUAACCUUUGUCGCGGUUCUUUCUGCGUGUGCACAUGCCAAGCUUGUGCGGGUGGGUUUGGAAGAAUUUGAAGCAAUGUCACGAGAAUUUAAGAUUGUGCCAAAGAUGGAACACUAUGGUUGCGUUGUGGAUCUCUUAGGGAGAGCGGGGCUGGUAAGGGAGGCAUAUGAGUUUGUAGGGAGGAUGCCUUUUGAAGCCGAUGACUCUGUCCUCGGGGCGCUUUUAGGAGCCUGCAGAGUCCAUGGAGAGAUCGACCUGGGAAAUGAAGUCGGGCAACGCCUGCUGAAUUUGCAGCCACAUCAUUGUGGACGAUACGUGUUAUUGUCGAGCAUUUAUGCAGGGGCACAGAGAUGGGAUCAUGCUGCAGCCCUCCGAAAAGCAAUGGUGGAUGCUGGUGUUGACAAGAUUCCAGCCUAUAGUGUGAUUCAUUGAAGGCUUAUUCUCAUAGGAAACUGCAUCUUUGGAUACAAAAUCUCUAUAGCCUGCCUUGAUCUGACCGGCUUAAACCAAGAAGACUAAUAAACAACUCAAAUUUAGAAUUUUGUGGUUACUAAAUCAACUGUCGGACCAACUUAGGAGGGUUACUAUAUGUAAGAAGAACACAACUUUGGAUAUUACAACCAGAAUCUUGUGCUUUUAACACAUUUUGAAGGGUUAGAAUAUAAUAAUACAAGAAUUUCUAGCAAA